CAAAACUCUUUACAAACGGUGGUUCAAAUAAACCGUAGACCAAAACACGUGAAAGAAUAUAAGAUAGUAGGCUAAAUAAAAAUAAAUAACUGUUUAAUUUUAAUUUUAAGAUGUCUUCCUGGAAAAAAGUUAGUAAAUCAAAAAGCAAACAACAUAGAGAGAGGAGUCAGCUUGAAUCAAGGAGAUGGCUUGGUCCCUUAGAAAAGAAGAAAGAUUACAAAAAGAGAGCUAAGGAACAGCACAGAAAAGAUGCCACAAUUAAAUAUUUAAGAAAAAAAGCAGAGAACAGAAAUCCAGAUGAAUUUUAUUUUAAUAUGGUUAAAACAAAAAAAGUGGAAGGAGAACAUCAGGCACGAGAAACAGAUGAACCAGAAUUUACAGAUGACCAAAUUAAAAUAAUGGAAUCACAAGACAUUAGAUAUGUGAAUUUAAUGAGAACAGCUGAAAUGAAGAAAAUAGAAAAACUGAAGUCCUCUCUGCAUGUGAUAGAAAGUCAAGUGAAACCUAAAAAUAAACACAUUAUAUUUGUUGAUAGUAAAAAAGAAGCCAAAAAUUUUGAUGCAGCAAAGCAUUUUAAUACCCACCCUUCUUUGAUGGAUCGAGUUUACAAUAGACCUACAUUUGAUAUGCUAGCGAAACAAGAUCUAUCUAAAACAAUGGAUGAUAAAACUUUAUCGAAAAUGUCAGCAAAAAAGGAACAACAAUAUAAAGAAUUGUCGAAAAGAAUUGAAAGAGAAAAGGAACUGAACAUCAUUUCACAAAAGAUGGAAACUAGUCGUCAUUUAUUGGAUAAGACAGCUAAAAGAAAAAAAGUUACAGAUGGUUCCAAAGAUCAAGCACCCCAGUAUAGAUGGUGUUUUCAUCGGAAAAAAUAGUCUAUUUGUAUAUACAUUGUAAAUAGUAUAAAUAAACAGUAAUAAAUAU